CUGUAGAAAAUUGUCACGCGAAAAUUACAUAAAAAAGGAAGUCCGGAAAACUGAUUCUCAGAAGGAACAAUCUGCUUUGCGUAUCAAACGCAUCAAUAAUAAGACCCACGAAAAUUAAGGUCAUGUCGCCAAUAGGGUGGUUUCUCUUCGUAAUUGUGGGUAUUGUGACAGCCCUUAAUCCUGCGCCUCAUCGCACUAACGAAGAAUCUUUGAGGGGUGCCUUAAACGCAAUUACCAGGAAACAGCGCUCUCUUGAUCUUAAUUCACGUGAAUUCUACAACGAUCUUCAUUCAUUUAAAUACAGGGGAGACAACGACAGACAACGAGAAAGGCAACGCGAAGGAAAUUACUUUGACGAGGAGGAAGAGGACUUAGAAUUCCUCCCCUUAGAAAACGGACAGGUUGAAACGAUGAGCGAUGGAUAUCGGAAUAUAAACGAAAAGCAGUUGGAACGAGCUCUGGCUGACUACAUCAAAAGUGAAUCAAUCCAAGAAGAGCCAGUAUCCUCGCUGUUUCGAGAACGAGAACGAGGUUCAAGUAUCAAAAGAGGGGGAGCUUCAAGAAAUGAUCGACCAAAUGCUGAUGACGAAGAGCUGGCAAGACUCUUCUUGGAGGAAUUAGAAUCUGGAUCACCCUAUCGUCAAGAUGAAUUGGACGAUACUGACUACUACAAUACACUACAAAUGCUCCACAGACCUCAACAGGAAAACAGACCCUAUGGGAACGAUGCUCUGAUGUCCUGGGGAGAUUUCGCAGAGAAAAAACCACUUAGGGACAGAAUCAGAGAUGAUGACCAGAUGGAAUAUUCAGAUCGGGACCUUCAGGACUUUUUUAUGGUGCCUAUGGUACCCCUGGAAAGAAGAAAUGUAAAUGGUCGAUAUCCUCUUGGUCAAAACUUGAGGAGCUAUAGGGAUGUGUCUAAACGAUUUCCUGUUGCUAAAAGAAGUGCGAAGGCUGUAAGCAAAGUCAGUCAAGUCACUGAUCCAAAGGUUGCUCAAGACCUGGGAACUCUCUUCGGCACGCAGUCAAGCGAGAAGCACAAUCACACGCACGAACACGGAGGUCAUGAUCAUGAUCACGAUCAUGAUCAUAAUCAUAAUCACGAACACGACCACGCUCACCAACAGGGUUCUGAAGUUCAUGGUAUGUCCGGACACAAUCACGAGGUUACAUCAGCAACUCCGAGCGUGACCCCUCAGCCUAAGGGUCAGAAGGAAAACAUGACAAAGGCAACCAAGUCAAAGGAGCGAUCGAUCGAGGUCAAGAAAAAGAGUGUCGACUGGUCUGACUACUUUGGAAUCGAUAGGAGAAAGAAGAAAUCAAUCUUCUUGGCCAAACCAGGAUCCCAGGAUCUAGAUGACGAGUGGUUUUUGGAACGCUACUACAAAACCAUGUCUGAUAAUUUGAAAUCCGAAAAUGAACGAGACGAAAGCAACAAGAAUGAUAAACUCCAACAGAUGGAUUCCAGACUGAAGAACAUCAAGGAUCUGAUAAUCGAAGAAGCUCUCAAUUCGGAUGGUGAAGACAUUCAAGAAAUUAAGGACAAGGUGAUGUCAAGGCUUGCAGCUGCUUAUUCUCUCGAAAAAAUGCGAAGAGCUCUGAAGGAAUUCAGAGACAACGUCAUUAUUCAGAGAGAAAGUCAGAACUCUGCAAAUCAGGAUAUUCUGACCACCAAUCGUCCUGAGGAUUCGAUGAUUGAUAAGAGCGAAGAGAAACGCGGCCAGGGUAUUACAAACAUGGAAGGUGUCGACGAAGGAAGCAACUGCCCAGAACUUGAUUUAAUUGAAAAGCGUUGCAGAGUUGCUAGCCUUCUUGCUCAUGAUAUCAAACAUGUUCUACACGGUCCAUGCGUUUCGGCCCAGAUUUGCAGAUCUUGUGGAGACCAGGAUUGCAUCAGCAGGUUCGCGGUCGACGUAGCCAAAGCCUGCGAAUCUCAAGAGAUCCAGCAAAGCACCUGGACAAGAGAUCAAUGCUUUGAGGCUGCUACUUUACUACCCUUAAAUCCUCCAGCAUCAGCUGUAGUUCUUUGCCAUUCUGAAGGUAGGGAAUCCUGUAUCAUGCGAUAUUUCUACCGCAAUCGUCAAAGGAUUUCUUAUCCCCACGAUUUGCACCACCGAAUUGGCUUCGAUAACAUCGCCUCUUCCCAGCGAUAAGACCAAUCAAAUCGCUGAGACGACUCAUAUAAAUUUCCUUCGUCCCAUAAUAAAUCGGCAGGGCAAUCAUGAUCGUAAAGUCACCCGAAUGUCGAUUCACGAACGAAUUUGAGUCACGAGUGCGGUUCUUUCUAUCUCAUAGAACAUAGAGCGAAGCCAGGUUCUCUCUUUGAUGAAGAUAAAAAUUUAUAUCCACUUUAAAACUCUAUCAAGACAAAACACUGUAUCGGAAAUUCAUAUAGUGAAGCUACGCAAACCUUGUAUUUCGUCAUCUCUCAUAUUUCUUUCUAUUAUCAAACCCUUCCAGCUUCUUAUGCAACUAACUAUUCUAGCAUGGUAAAUAGAAAAAAUCCCCUUCGAAAAAACUCCUUGAAUGGCAAGCAGGUUUUUCUAGAGAACUAGAAACUGAUCCCUAGUUUUUUGAAGAUACCCAAAAAUCUAAUGUCUAAUGGACAAGGCUCGGAUUGACUAGAUAACUAGGAGGCUUAAAAAAAAGGUCGCAUUAUUCGCAUUAAAUUGCGACUGAAUGAAUGAAAUAAUAACUCUGUUUAGGAUCAAGUCGAUUUUCAAAUAUUCUUUGCACAAUCAAAAUAAACUUUACAGUUAAAACAAUUUUUUGACAAUAUUCAUUCAGUUUGAAGGAUUUCAAAUCGGGAUUUAAAAUAUUUCUUUCUGAACUGUUAAAAUUAUCAAAUUGGAUUGAUUUCAAAUGAGAGAAGUUUAUAAUUUACAAUAAUUCUCUCGAAAUAGGGAAAAUAUGGUGAUUUUUUUUACGAAAAUAGAGAAACAAAAGGGAAAGAAAUUCUUUUAACGAAACAUAAUGUAUUUUCUUUACAAGAUAGAGGAAUUAAAAAAAAUGUCAUUUUUAACCCAACAAGUUUCAACCAAGAAAGAUGAAUUUUCAAAGAAAGAUGACCUUUCAAUCUAAAAAAAUAAAUUUUUAACCCAAAAGGACGAAUUUCCUAUCCAAAAAGGCAAAUGUUCAAAAAGCAGUCGAUUUUUCGACCAAAAAGGACCAGUUUUGAACAAAAUAAUUAAAUUUUCAGCCUACAAAGAUGAAUUUUCAAAUAAAAGAGAUUAAACUUCAACCAAAAACAGUUGUAUUUUAAAUAAAUAGUUAAGUUUUCAAGCCAAGAACACGAAUUUUUUAGACGAGAGUUGAAUUAACUUGAAAAGUUGAAUUUUUAACAAAUAGUGCGCUUUUGACCCAGAAAUAUACAUUUUUAAUCAAUUAGUUCAAUUUUAAAAC